AUGUCUGAUAAAGUGGCAUAUGCAACGCUAACGCUUCAGGAUUCGGCAAGAGGGAGAAGCAAUCAGGAUGGCAAUCACCUAAGAAAAGAAGGACACCCAGCUCAAACCCCCAUUUGGCGAGGAGCUGCUUUGAGCCUGUUGACCAUCUGCCUGGUGCUGGUAAUGGGGCUGGUGACCUUGGGGACUAUGUUUUUACAGAUGUCUAAUGAUAUUAAUUCAGAUUCAGAGAAGUUGAGUCAACUUCAGAAAAUCAUCCAUCCACAGCAAGACAACCUGUCUGAACCACUGAACAGCUCCAGGAAGGGUCUCACAGAGGAAUCUCUCCAGUCCCAGAUCUCAGCCCUCCUGGAGAGGCAGAGGCAGAUGGCUAUCAAGCUCUGCAAGGAAUUCCUCAUCCACACUUCCGACCAUAAACGCAAUCCUUGUCCCAAGGCAUGGCAAUGGCAUGGAAACAGUUGCUAUCAUUUCACAAUCAAUGAAGAGAAAUCCUGGAGUGACAGCAGAAAGGAUUGUACUAGUAAAAAUGCCACUCUGGUGAAGAUUGACAGCAUCAAAGAAAGGGAUUUCCUUGAAUCACAGCCAUCACUCACAUUUUCUUUCUUUUGGCUGGGAUUGUCCUGGAACUCUGCUGGCAGAAACUGGCUGUGGGAGGAUGGCUCGUUUCCCUGUCCAACCCUAUUUAGUGAUAAGGAACAUGCCAAGUUCAAUGGAUCCAAAGGGUGUGCUUACUUUGAAAGAGGGAAUAUUUACAUUUCUCGCUGUAGUGCUGAAAUUUCUUGGAUUUGUGAGAAGACAGCCUUCCUGGAGAAGAUUGAAGAUUUGGUCUGA